UUUAUUUUUCUCUCUACAUUACAUUGAGGAGACUAUGACAUGUUUUGGGGCCUGUGCUGCGUAACUAUUGUUUGUCUAACCAUUCUCCUUCCUUUUGUUUCAGAACACAUUUACCCAGGUGCAGUUUGGACCAAUGAGGUUAUACGAAGAUCAUCUUGAGGUACUGUUAGUAUUUGCCAAAGAGGACAGCCAGAAUAAUGGGUUCUGCUGGGCGUGUGAGAAGGCCAACUUCAGGUGUAACGUGGCGAGGACGCCAGAGGCAGCGCUGGAGUGUUUCCAGGAAAAGCACCACGACCUCGUCAUCAUCGACCACAGACAUUCCAGAUACUUCGACGCUGAAUCACUAUGCCGGUACGUUAUAUCAGUAGGUUAGGUAUAUGCUGGUACGUUAUAUCAGUAGGUUAGGUAUAUGCUGGUACGUUAUAUCAGUAGGUUAGGUAUAUGCUGGUACGUUAUAUCAGUAGGUUAGGUAUAUGCUGGUACGUUAUAUCAGUAGGUUAGGUAUAUGCUGGUACGUUAUAUCAGUAGGUUAGGUAUAU